AUGCCGCAUCGCAAGCUGCUCUUGGACGGGUCAACGGAGAGCCGAUUACCAGGGGCACAAGCAGCUUUGACUGUUUUUAGGGCAGGAGGAGGAGGAAGCGGUAGCAACAGGGAGAGGGAGGCACAGCACAACCAGAAUUCAACGCCUACGGCUGAAAGGGAAGCCUCCAGCAACAACAACAACAACAACAACAACGCCAGGACAAUAGAGAGGGAAGGUGGACAAGCCCCUCGGGGACAAAACGGCCAUGGUGGGACGGGGAAUGACGAGGACGAUGAAGAAGCGAGGGAAGAGCCCCCGUGGACUCUGGGUGAGGAAUUCAGGUCAUGGGCUGUGGAGCAGACACUGCGGACAACGUUUCUCUUUGCCGUGGCGGGCCUGAUCACGUCCUUUCUGUCCUCGCAGGCCAUCUUUUUCCUGGUCCUGGCUCUGGCCUCUUUGGCCUCCUUAGUUUCAUUGACCUAUCAACGUAUCCGCGAUCGGGGGGUGCUAACCUACCUACCUGCUUCCACGCAACGCUUAUUGAUGCACACCUCUUUGCUCGACUGGCUCUUGGACUCCUCCUUGGCGGAUCGCUUGAAGCCGUACGCGGUGAUGAGCCUGGGAUUGAACGAGGAGGAACGGGCGUUCCUUAUUAACAGCUUACCACCCGCAGAACAGCGUGCUUUGACCGCACCCGGAAUCCUCCACGUCCUGCCACCACCUGUUCAAGCCUUCCUGUUGCCAAGACCGAUGGGCAACAGAGGAGGGAGGGAGGGAGGCAGGGAGUGUGGGCAUGGGAGAGGAGGCGGAGGAGACAGAAGGCGCGUGGAGGAAGUGAGCGAGGCGGAGGCUGCCACUUUAACCCGUCGCCGAUGGCAGGAAAUGGAGCGUCGGCAACUGGAAGGGGGAGCAAGGCGAAGGGGGGAGGAAGAAGGGGAAGAUGAAGAGGAAGAGGAGGAGGAGGAGGAGGAGGAGGAGGAAACCACGGCGUCGGAGACGAGCGAGGAGGGGAUGAAGGAGGGGGGGGCAGCGACCCGGGAAGGGGCUGGCGCGGAGGAGGAAAGUCCUCGCCACGCCCUCGGGGAGGAAGGGAGGUCAGGGGAGCACUUGGCGCCCGUGGACGUGGACGAGGCGGUGGCGAUGGUCAUGCGCCGACGCCUCCAUCGGGUGUGGGAAGACGCCGCCCACCGGGGGAGGGAAGCCGUAGUGGAGGCGGUACGGGCCCAGCUGCAUCGGCAAUGGACCUGGCAACGGCCCCUAUGGGUGGCCGGAGGGGCGGUGGUGGCCUCGGAGGUGGUGGCGCGGAUCCUGGAAGGGAGGGGGAGUGGGAGGGCGGGGAGGAGGGGGAGGACAGCGGGGUGGGUGGGUGUGGCAAGCCUGGUGGCGUACGUGGCGUAUAUGGGAGGGAGGGAGGAGGGGGAGGAGGGGGGAGGAGGAGGGAGAGGAGGGGAACGAGGGGCGUGUGCGCCGGCAUCAGGGGACCCUGGGGAGGUUGGAGGGCAGUCAGGGAUCGACGAGAGGGCAAGGAGGGACAAACUGGGCUUACCAGCGGGCCUGGCUGGAGUGGACUGUCUUUGCCCUUUUCCUCUUCUUGAUUCGCACCGGCCGAUGGGCCCAUCUCUUGCGUCGGCUGCGUGCCUCCCUCCCUCCCUCCACCUCGCCUUCCACCCGGACCUCGCCCCCUCCCUCCGCCCGCACCUGGUGGGCGGUUGCGGCAUGGCGGAAGUAGGCAAACCUGCGUAUGGAUGCGAGCAAUGGGGCCAAGCCGGGGAGGUGGAGGGGGAAUGGCAGGUCCGCGCCGUUGGUGCUGGUGAGGAUGAGGAGGGAAGGGCGGGACGGUCCCGGAGGGCGUGUUUGUGA